UCCAGUCCACUCCACUCCCCACCUCCACCUCCCCCUCCUCCUCCGCCUCUGCUUCGCGAUACGGCGGCGGCGCUAUCCAUGCACCGUCCACCCGUGGCAGCAGCUCUCAUGUCGCCGUAACUCCCACCGCCGAUUCCUCCUGCUGCUGGCGGUCCCUCCCCCGGCCGCGGAGUUCUUGCCGUCCGCCUCCUCUACCUCCACACAUCUCUCUCUGGAUUACGAGCACUGCAAGUCUGCAACCAUUCAAAAGCUCCUACGCUUUUCGGAUCCGUCCCUGUCUUCCACCGUUUCCCUCCCUCCGCGUCUUAUAAUUGCCCAGCCGUCGAUCUCGAUCCCCCUCCUCUUCCUUUCCUCGUCUGCUUCUUGUGGUUUCCCGUCACUCGCAUGUGAAACCUCUCUCUUCCGGUCCGCCUCCCUGUUUCUGUCACAAGGAUCGGGUGGGACGGAACCACGAAACCGCGUUUCGUGUACAGCUUUCCUUCCCACCUCCACAUUCAUCUUCCUUCCCUCCGCUUCUUUCAAGAAGCCCCGCCCUCGUCUCAAUCGGUUCUUAUUUGAUCUCGCUUCUCCGCCAAAAAAUCUAAAGCUUUCCUUUUUCGACCUUGGAGCUUCCUUGUUUGUGUUGCGGCGGUACACAAGCCAAAGCCAUUGCAUCCAGCAGGCACCGGCCGCCUGCGUUACCUGCCCCGUUGGCCGUUCCCGUACUCCGAUCGAUUGGCUCCUGUCCUGGGAGCUGGGAGUCGAGAUCUCUCUCGGCAGGCUCUGAUCGGCCGGCGGCGUGGGAAACCGGAUGGCGAAUCUUCUGCCGAUGCUGCGCCCGUGGCUCUGCUUGCUGGCGGCAAUGGCGGCCGUGUCGGCGCCGUGGUCGCCGGCGGAUGCGCUGGGGAUGAACUGGGGCACGCAGGCCACGCACCCGCUGCCGCCCAAGAUCGUGGCGCAGCUCCUCAGGGACAACGGCAUCAAGAAGGUGAAGCUGUUCGACGCCGACCAGGAAACGCUCAGCGCGCUCGCCGGCACCGGGAUCGAGGUCAUGGUCGCCAUCCCCAACGUCAUGCUCGACACCAUGACGGACUACGACACCGCCAAGGAGUGGGUGCGCCGGAACGUUUCCCGCUACAACUUCGACGGCGGCGUCACAAUCAAGUACGUUGCCGUCGGCAACGAGCCGUUCCUAGCGGCCUACAACGGCACGUUCGACAAGGUGACGUUCCCGGCGCUGCAGAACAUUCAGAACGCACUGAACGAGGCCGGGCUCGGGGACACCAUCAAGGCCACGGUGCCGCUGAACGCCGACGUGUACAUGUCCCCGAAGGACAACCCGGUGCCGUCGGCGGGGCGGUGGCGCACCGACAUCACGGACCUGAUGACGCAGAUGGUGCAGUUCCUGAGCAACAACAGCGCGCCCUUCACGGUGAACAUCUACCCGUUCAUCAGCCUGUUCCUCAACGACGACUUCCCCGUGAACUUCGCCUUCUUCGACGGCGACGCGACGCCGCUGGUGGACCCGGGCACCGGCGUGUCCUACACCAACGUGUUCGACGCCAACUUCGACACCCUGGUUGCGGCGCUCAAGUCGGUCGGGCACGGCGACAUGCCCAUCGUCGUUGGCGAGGUCGGCUGGCCCACCGACGGCGACAAGCACGCCACCAGCGCGUACGCGCAGCGGUUCUACAACGGCCUGCUCAAGCGUCUGGCGGCGAACGCCGGCACCCCGGCGCGGCCGAACCAGUACAUCGAGGUGUACCUGUUCGGUCUCCUGGACGAGGACGUCAAGAGCGUGGCUCCCGGCAACUUCGAGCGGCACUGGGGCAUCCUCCGGUACGACGGGCAGCCCAAGUACCCGAUGGACCUGAGCGGGCAAGGGCAGAACACGAUGCUGGUGCCGGCGAGCGGCGUGGAGUACCUGCCCCGGACGUGGUGCGUCGUCAACACCAACGCCGGCAGCGACGCCAUGGAGAAGCUCGCCGACAACAUCAACUACGCGUGCACGUUCGCCGACUGCACCGCGCUGGGAUACGGGUCGACGUGCGGUGGCAUGGACAGCAACGGCAACGCAUCCUACGCGUUCAACGCCUUCUUCCAGGUGCAGAACCAGAAGGACGAGGCCUGCGGAUUCCAGGGCCUCGCCGUGCCCACGCAGACGGACCCGUCCACCGCCACCUGCAACUUCACCAUACAAAUCGCCACCACCUCGGCGGCCCACCGGCGGCCGCUGGGAGUCGCCUUGUUCGUCCUGGCCCAGCUGGUCCUGAACCUGCUCCUGCUCCUGCUGCAUUGAUUAGGGAUGAUGUUUGGUUGGCAUUGGAUAGGAGUAGGACUGGUGCACUGCUGCACUUGAGCUGGCUGCCUGGCUGGGCUGGCUGGGCUACGUUCCAUUAGUUUGUUGGUUUUUUUUUUCCCUUUGGGUGAGAAAUAAUUGGACCGGUAGAGAGAGUGUUGUACUGGAGAUACAUGUAUACUUCAGGUUCAGGAUUAUAGAGACAGAUUCAUACUGUAUUCGACAACAGCAGAUGACUGGCGACUGCAGCUCGUUCAGUUCCAUGCGUGCCAUA